ACUCGCGAUACAAGUAACCAGUAGGCUACAUUCUCAAGAUAUCAGACAGUUUCGAUGUAUCUUAUCAGUUCUUGAUACAUUAUAUCGCUGGCAGUAGUGUGUUAUUAUUAGAUUGCCCUUUCUCUCUACAUAUUUUCCAUUGAAACAUGCUGCGUGUGAGAUCAGCAUUGUGUCAUUCUUGGAGGGGUUUCAGGACCUUCCCCUGUGCAGCUGUUGAGGUGAAGAAUGAGCCCAUCCUGGGAUUCAACGAGGGCAGUCCAGAGAGGGCCGAGCUGCAGAAGGCCCUGGAUGACCUGAAGGGGAAGACAGAGGAGAUUCCCUGUGUGGUUGGGGAUGAACAUGUGUGGACCAAAGACAUCAGAUACCAGCUAUCACCCUUCAACCACUCACACAAACUGGCCAAGUUUUGCUAUGCUGACAAGGACCUGCUCAACCAAGCUAUCUUAGCCUCUGUGGCGGCGAGGAGAGAAUGGGACCUGAAACCCAUCCAGGACCGAGCCCAGGUCCUCUUUAAGGCUGCCGACAUCAUCAGUGGACCUAAGAGAGCUGAGAUUCUGGCCAAGACCAUGAUAGGCCAGGGCAAAACUGUGGUGCAGGCAGAGAUUGAUGCGGCUGCAGAGCUAAUAGACUUCUUCCGGUUCAAUGCGAAGCACGCUGUUGAACUGGAGAGCCAGCAGCCCCUGGACAGUGAUGGUAGCACCAACACCAUGCUCUACCGUGGGCUGGAGGGUUUUGUAGCUGCUGUCGCCCCAUUUAACUUCACUGCAAUUGGUGGAAACCUAGCGGGUACACCUGCUCUCAUGGGUAAUGUAGUUCUGUGGAAGCCUAGCGACACAGCCAUGUCAGCUAGCUACGCCGUAUACAAUGUUCUGCGGGAGUCAGGGUUACCCCCCAACAUCAUCCAGUUUGUGCCAGCCGACGGACCAGUGUUUGGAGACACCAUCACUUCCUCUGAACAUCUGGCUGGCAUCAACUUUACCGGCAGUGUCCCUACCUUCAAGCGCCUGUGGAAACAAGUGGCCCAGAACCUGGAUAUCUACAAGAACUUCCCUCGGGUGGGAGGAGAAUGUGGCGGUAAGAACUUCCACUUUGUGCAUAAGUCUGCGGAUGUGCGGAGUGUGGUGACUGGGACCAUCCGCUCUGCGUUUGAGUACGGAGGGCAGAAGUGCUCAGCCUGCUCCAGGAUGUAUGUACCAGACUCCCUGUGGCCCCAGAUCAAACAGGGGCUCCUGGACAUCCACAAGCAGCUCAAAGUUGGAGACCCUGUGGAGGACUGGAGUACAUUCUUCUCUGCUGUGAUUGAUGACAAGUCCUUUGCUCGGAUUAAGAAGUGGUUGGACCAUGCCAAGUCAUCCCCUAAGUUGAACAUAAUUGCUGGAGGCCACUGUGAUGACAAGAAGGGUUACUUUGUGGAGCCGACCAUCAUUGAGAGCACAGACCCACAGGAAGCCAUCAUGGCCGAGGAAAUCUUUGGCCCAGUUCUGUCUGUCUAUGUUUACCCUGAGAACAACUACAAGGAGGUUCUAAACCUUAUAGACAACACAUCACCAUACGCCCUGACAGGAGCGGUCUUCGCUCUUGACAAGAAUGUUGUAGAUGAGGCAGCUAAGGCCUUGAGGAACGCUGCAGGAAAUUACUACGUGAAUGACAAGUCCACCGGCUCGAUUGUCGCCCAGCAGCCAUUUGGUGGCGCCAGAGCUUCAGGUACCAAUGACAAACCUGGUGGUCCUCACUACGUCCUGCGAUGGACAUCCCCACAGGUGGUCAAGGCCACCCACGUCCCGCUCAGAGAAUGGAAGUACCCAUACAUGGGUUAAAAAGACAGUACUGUACCCCCUCCCUAACCAUUUGGCCCUCAUCCAAUCCUAGCUUUGUAGAGGAAUCUGUCUGAUUUUUGUCCUAUCCCUUUCUCCAGUCAAGACUGACAAUGAAAUGAAGAGGGGAAACCCUCUCCUUACUCGUCCAAGUUUUAGUCCUUUUUAGCCCAUACAAGCCUGCACUGAAGCUAGACACAAGUACAAAUGUAAUUUUUAGCUCAGGGUUUCCCCAACCUGGUCCUUGGGACCCCAAGGGCUGCACGUUUUUGUCCUAGCACUACACCGUUGAUUCAAAUAAUCAACUAAUCAAGCUUUGAUUAUUUGAAAUCAACUGUGUAGUGUUACGGCAAAAACCAAAACAUGCACCCCUUGAGGUCCCGAGGACCGAGUUGGAGAAAUGCUCUAUUAGCUGUUCUAAAUUAAAAGGGGGAGCAAAGGCGCCCCUCUCUGGCACUUCAUGAGAUCAGCAGGAGCUGAGCCAGAUCAGAUGGCCUGCUAGCUGUACA